AUGGCUUCUUUUAUGACGGACCUUUGGUCCAGCGUCUUCACGCCGGGGACAACUCCAACUCUGCUCAUCGCGACCAACGCGACUUUCGCGGCACUCCAGGUGCUCCUCUUAGCCCUCCUUUUUGCAACAUACAGCAUUCAUUUCGCUGUUCUUUCCGGUCUAUGUGGCGCGCUAUGGUGGUCCAUAAAUUGGUUCGUGGCGGAACUCGAUGCGGCCAAAGCGAACGAGGCACGAGGCAGACGAGAUUUGAGCCAGUCUGCUACUGAACCGUUGAAUCGGCCGCCAGGUGCCCUGGACACCUCUGAGAGCGAGACUGAAACCGAGAGUAUAGUGGGUGCUGGAGAUGUCAAGGUAUCUACGGCGACUACAACGGCACUUGGUAACGCGGCCGCGGCUCGAAAACCACCCCCAUCCUUGCUGAAGAGGGAAUCCACACCUGCGGCACCGAAUCAGCCGGCCACUCAAACCGUUCCAGAAGACCGUGGUGGAGAACUAAGACAGCGCAACGCUCAUGAUAGCUCGGGCUAUGUUAGCACGGAUAGCGAGCAAACCGUCACUUCCCUCAACGCCCUUCACACUCCCGCAGAAGGGUCACGUGAUAUCGCGUUUGGCCUGGAGCCCACCGUCACCACUUGUGUUGAGCAGCAGCAACGUCGAACGGACGAGUGGCAUCCCAGUGCCGCGCCAAUUUAUUGCUUCUGUCAAGUGUGCCGAGGUCUGCUAUCCUCGUACUCGAUUGUCCCCAAUGGGAGUCGUCCCUCUUUUCCCGCCAUGUUUCCCAAUGUCCCGCUCUCGAUUGGCCGCAAGCGCGUUUUUGACUCGGUAUUCCCGCCGGUUCCCUUGAGCAGCAUUCCGCCAAAGCCCGAUGCAACCUCCAUCCCAAGCUCCAUCCGGUCUCCUGCCCAGCAGCAAUCUGCACUUCCUUCUUCCCACAUAGAUGCCGCGCCUGAACAAGCGACUUGGGACCGGGCAUGGCAUACUGCAACAGCUUUCCUGUCAAUCCCAGACAAGAAGCCUAGCUACUGCACCGCCAGUGACGAAAUAAGCGACGAAUGUUUGUUUCAGCAAUGGCCCCGGGAAACACUGCCAUCGCAGAGCGUUAUAGAAGCUCUAUGUUACGUUGGAUCCGACUCGUCGAUUGGAAAGCAGCUUCGAGCUGGAUCCAAGGAGUGUGACCUGCAAGAGUGGUCGGAUUUUUCACGCCUUCUUGCUGAGGAAUUGGCUACGGAAGGGGGGGCUAUUCUUGGAAUUCACGCUGAUAUCAGGAGUGGAACUGGGUCUCCACAACCCCAUGACCACACCCUGGAAAAUGAAGGCAGGGGCGAUAGCAUGGACCUCGACCAGACAUACUCAAUGUCAUACAGGGAUUGGAAGAAUGAAGUGUCGUCGAAGCGUCGAAUAAGCAUGAUGACAGAGGGUGAAGACGGCGUUGUUACUGCAGCACGUCAUCGAUUACUACGCCUGCUUGAGGAUGUUCAAAGCGUAGGACUUGGGGGAAGCAAAGCCCAGAAGGUGUUUGCAGAGGUCAUGAAUAAUCUAAUAACUGAAUUUGUCAACGCUUCAUACGCCGGAGAAUGGGAAGCCCCGUCGUUUGUGUUGGACCAUUUGCGGCAAUGGAUCGAAAAUGUGUUUGCCCGAUUGGUCGUUCAGGUACUGGAUAUAUUCACGAUCUCAGAGGAUGAGGAUAUAUUACCAGACGAGCUCAUCGUAACACUUAAUGAUGUCGAGAAAUGGCAAGAGAUUGGCCUCGCUCGGUUAGGAGCCCUUCGAAUUAGCGAAUUGUUUGAAAUCAUUGUCGAAUGGGAUGCUAGCUCCGGCGCGAUCGAAGAUCUGAAACAUUAUAUCACUAGUCCCUCUACUCGGUUCUAUCUUACAAGUGCAUUCGCUGGAACUCUGAUGAAUCGACUCCUUCAUCCUGGAGCCUCUACAAUUGAUAUACUUCAGGUAUACAUCUCGAUCAUCCACGCCUUUACCCAAUUGGAUCCGAGAGGGGUCCUUCUUGAUCGACUCGCACGCCCUAUCCGCCGGUACUUACGAGAGCGCGAUGACACGGUGAAAGUGAUUGUGAGUGGGCUACUAGCUAAUACAGAUCCCGAUGGGGAACAGAUCCCAAGUGUCCCCGAUGCCUUGGGCGAGCUUGCUGUUGAACUCUCCAAGGCACACCAGUUAGCACUUCAAGAAGGUGGUGGCGAACUUGAUUGGGACGAUAUGAACUGGAUUCCGGACCCGAUUGACGCAGCCGCGGAUUACAAGAAGUCGAAACAUUCCGAUGUUAUUGGAAGUUUAGUCAGUCUUUUCGAAUCAAAAGAAGUUUUCGUCAAAGAGCUUCAACGGGUUCUCAGCGACCGUCUAUUGAAGAAAAAGAGAGACUAUGAUCUGGAAAUCUCUGUGUUGGAACUGCUCAAGUUGCGGUUUGGAGAAUCCGCCCUGCAAGCUUGUGACGUUAUGAUGCGUGAUGUUGUCGACUCCAAGCGGGUGGAUACUGUGAUCCGUGCAGACCAAAAUUUGGGUUCUCUAAACGGCAGUCCGCAUGAGGAGGUGCCGGAAAUACAUGCUAAGAUUCUCUCACGCUUAUUCUGGCCAUCACUAUCCGAUCAGAAUUUCAAGGUUCCCGAGGAAAUUGCGUCUUUGCAGGCCAGAUAUUCCGCAGGCUUUGAGACACUGAAACCAUCUCGCAAACUUACUUGGCUCAAUAGUUUGGGAUCUGUUACCGUUGAACUCGAUCUCACAGAUCGGUUCUUCAGCGACGAAGUGACUCCUUGGCAGGCCAGUGUUAUUUACGCAUUCCAGUCAUGUUCACCGAGCUCGACUGAUUCGCCGGUCACUAAGUCUGUCUCCGAACUAGCCGAAGAACUCGAGAUGUCCCCAUCUCUCGUCCGGAGCGCCUGUCUCUUCUGGCUUAGCAAGCGUAUUCUCGCUGAGUCCGCGCUGGACAUUUUCUCCGUUCUCGAAACCCUUCCCGAUAACGAAGAAAGCGUAUCCCAGCCCGCUGGUGUAGGAGCCCAGCCCGGAGACAAAACUACCAAUAUCUCGGAAGCCUCUGCUGCAGCUGCAGCUGCCGAGGCUGAAGCGGCGCGCGAAUCUGCAGAAGCAGCCGCCAUGGAAAAAAUGAAUGUAUAUUGGCAAUUUAUUGUGGGAAUGUUGACGAAUCAGGGCGCAAUGCCUCUCCAGCGGAUUAUUAUGAUGCUGAAAAUUGCGGUACCGGGUGGGUUUCCCUUUAGCUCGGAGGAGUUGAAGGAAUUCCUGGGGAAAAUGGUUGCAAAGGGGAAAUUAGAGAUGCUUGGGGGUGGGAAUUAUAAGAUCAUUGGUGCUUGA